GAUUUUUGUUUGACGAAGCACAUGGUAGUAGACACCUCUACAAAUUUUAGUUCACUGAAAAUGCAAUGGGCAUCCAAAGCGAACUGUAAACAAAGAGCUGGUCGCGCAGGCCGUUUAUCUUCUGGACGUGUAUACCGUAUGGUGUCAAAAUAUUUUUAUACUAAUUACCUAUAUGAGUACAGUGAACCUGAAAUGCUACGUUGUCCUCUGGAAACAGUUAUUCUAAAAGCUAAAUUAUUAGAAUUAGGACCACCAACAGAUGUUUUAAGUCUGGCAAUGGAUCCACCCAAUCUUUUAGAUGUGACAAACACAAUUUUAACCUUAAAAGAAAUAGGUGCUCUAUACACGCAUGUAAAUGGACAGUAUAAAGUACAAGAUGGUGAUUUGACAUUUAUUGGUCGAAUAAUGGCUGCUUUGCCUAUAGAUGUGCAUCUUUCACGUUUAGUUGUAUUAGGUUACAUGUUCAGCGUACUAGAGGAUACUAUUAUUAUGGCUGCUGCAUUAAGUGUUCGGUCCAUUUUUAAAUAUCCUAUUAGACAAAAAGAAAAAGAGGCUGAAUCUCAUAUACGCAAACUUCUUUGGGCAGAUGGUACUGGUUCUGAUUUGAUCGCUAUUUGUAGAGCUUAUAAGUGUUGGCUAGGAAAUCGUGAGCAACAUUCAGUAAUGGAAGAAAGUGAAUCUAUCUGGGCAAGACGCUUUUAUAUAGACUUGCGUUCACUGAAGGAAAUGUAUUUAUUAGUCCAAGAAAUAAAAGAACGUUUAGAAGCUGUAGGCAUAAAAGAGCAAAGCUCAUACCAACGUGUUUUUUGGUUUGAUCGAGAAAAAAAUAUUAUAUUAAAAGUUGUGAUUGCUGGUGCGUUUUAUCCAAAUUAUUUUAUACACUCUAAAGUAAAUGAUAUUGACCAUGAUCGUGGUAUAAACCACAUUUUGAAUGGAAAUGACGCACUCAGUACUGUAUAUUUCACAAAGUUCGAUUCAUUUCGUAUUGGACAACUAUAUAUUCGUUCGAUUAAAUCACUUUUUAAGGGUGUACUUAUUUCACCAAAAAAUAUUCAAAUACGUUUUCAACCUGGAUCUCAGCGAGUUUUUGCGACAUUUGUUGAUAACGACGAAGAUGAAAAAGACGGAAAUCGUCUCACAGUUCCCGGUAUUAUACGCCCGGAAAUUUUCAAAGCAUUAUUAUUACGCAGCAUGAAGUUACAGUGUACGAUCCCAGUACUUGAAUCUAAGUAUGAAGGCAAAUAUGCUGAAGAGCGAAAUCUCGGUGUAAUGAACUGUGGUCAAUGGGUGUCAAACAAAUCAAAUAUAUUAAAUCCUGAUUUAAUGGUUUUACCAACUCUUUUUGUAGAAAACGUAAGAGGUUAUAUAACACACGUUGAAAGCUGUACUAAAUUUUUUUUUCAACCAUUAUCUGAAAUGGAACGUUUACGUGAAAUUAGACUUAUAUUAAACGAUAGUGAUGAGAGUAAAACAAUUCGUCGUUAUGAAUAUCCGUCUAAUAUUUCAAUUGGUAUGCAUUUAUCUGCACCUUUUGAUGGUGAAAACCAACGUGCUAAAGUGCUAAGUGCUAUAUGUUCGACCCGACGACAUGUUCAAUUUAAAGUAUUGUUUAUUGAUUAUGGUGUUGAAAAAGUGGUGGAGUUUGAAACUUUACGUCCAUACCCACAUCGUUAUAUGUCAGUUCUAAAUAUACCCCCGCGAGUAUUCGAGUGCCGUUUAGCACAUAUUCAACCAAGUGAAUUACAUAAUAAUAACAACAGCUGGGCAGAUGGAGCUAAUGAUAUCCUAAAAGAAAUUUCCAAUUCCGGUAUAGUUAGCAUAAAGAUUUUUUCACUUGUAGAUAAACUGGCAAACGUCGAGAUACAUAGUGAUAAUGGUGGAUUACAUGAGAUUUUAGUCCACAAAGAAUUAGCACGAAAAUCAGAGGAAAGUUAUGCGUCAAAGAUGGAUCAUGAUACUCGCCGUCGUAAGCAAGCUGUUUCUAGAUGUUUAAGUGAGGACGAUAUCGCAAAGGAAAAUUUAGAUUAUCUAAAUUCAAUACAAUUAGAUCUUGAUGUAGAGGUUGAUCCUCCACCAGCAGAUAUAUGCACCAAAACAGUUACAUUAAAAGGUCCAUUUAGUCCACUGGAAGUGAAAGUUUUUAGUGCAACACGCGCUGGUGCUUGGAAAAAUGUAUUAAUUGAACGAGACUCAAUUAAUAAUAUAUUACUUGAUACCGACCCUUACGAUUUACAUGAACGUCUAGUAGUUGCUGCGUCUGUCAGUGAAAAUCAAAAUGGAGAUUCACUUACAGCACGAUGUACAACAAUAAUGCCAAAUAUACAUGGAUUUUCAGCCUUAAUGACUCUGCUUUUUUGUCCGCGUGUUCAAAUUAAGUGCAAUAAACAACGCACAAAAUUUGUAUCUAUAUUAGCUGGGUUAGGGUUCGACGAAGAAACUCAGGAACCAUUAUAUGAAGAACACGAUAUCGUAUUAAAUUUAGAUGUGGACUUAUUACCUGCUGAUAUAGAACUGAUAAAUCAAAUACGUUACUGUAUGGACUCGAUCAUUUACACAGAUCCUGAUGAUUCGAAAUUAAGUGUGCCAAUAAAACAACGAGAAGAUCUGUCAGCCAAAAUUAAAAGUCUUUUGAUAAGGCUUCUAAAUAAGAAUCGAGAUUAUAUAGAAACACAGAAAAAUUUUAGUGACAAUGAGUGGCAAAAAUUUGACGAUGCAGAUUUAUUAUCUGUUAAUGAUGUCUAUGGUCAUCGCACAAUUUUCCCAAUGCAUAGUAUACUGAAUUUAUGUACGGAGAAAUUUGAAUCAAUGCAUGCUUUGGGUCUUCAUUGUAAAGAAUUGUAUGAGCAAAGCAACUUCGGUGGUUACAUAAAUCCAAUCACAUGUCGACUAUGUAAUCAGUUAUUGGAGAAUAUAAAUCAAUUGCGUUUGCAUCUACUAUCCCAGUUACAUCUUGACCGCGAGAAGCAAAUUAACUUCAAAAUGCAUUAAACACAUAAUUAAAAUUUAUCUUAAUCAUUUUUUUUAAUCAUUCAAAGAAUUUAAAUAAGAAAAAUUUUUUUUAAG